CCCUCCCGCCCGCGCUGUCACGUGCGCACACAGCCUCAGGGCCCAAGCGCCGAGCUCUGAGCUCUGUGUGGAGUCAGAGGAGGACGGGGAAUCGAUAACGUCGACAGGGGCGCAGUAGGGUCAGCACCUCCGGAACUUCCUCGCGGGGGUUGAGGGCGCUGGCCGAGCUCUGCGCACAGUGCUCAGUCGGGCGCAGGACGGAGCACGCGCCCCCACGCACGAGCACGAGCCGCGGCCCCGAAGGGCUCGCGUGGGGGUUCCGCGGGGGAGCGCGCACGCUGCCAGCCGCGGCGGGGACCCGCCGCCUGCCUAGUGCGCGGGGACAUCACUGGGCGCGGGGGACAGGUGUCGUCGCUGGGCUGCGCCCGCCGAGGACAAGGAGGAGGCGGAGGAGGAGGCGGUGCCGCGCUUCCCACGUUGCGCUGGGCGCCGGGCCGUGCGCGUCCAGGACUGGGCGGCCGCCGAGGCGCGGGGUGCGCGUGACUGUCGCGGGCCGCGCGCGAAUAUGGACGAGUCCUCGCUGCUGGACCUGCUGGAGUGCGCCGUGUGCUUGGAGCGCCUGGACACCACGGCCAAGGUGCUGCCCUGCCAGCACACCUUCUGCCGCCGGUGCCUGGAAAGCAUCGUGUGCUCGCGCCGCGAGCUGCGCUGCCCUGAAUGCCGCAUCCUGGUGGGCUGCGGCGUGGACGAGCUGCCCGCCAACAUCCUGCUUGUGCGCCUGCUAGAUGGCCUGCGCUGCCGGCCCCGCGGGGGCUCGGGUUCCGGCCCCGGCCCCGGCCCGCCCACUCUUCCUGGCCCAGCAGCGCCCCCAGGUACCGCUUGCGAGCCGACCGCGGGCAGGAAUGUGACGACAGCAAAGAGUCUUCCCCAGCUCCCAUAUGGCAAGGCCCUCUACAGCUAUGAGGGGAAGGAGCCCGGAGACCUCAAGUUCAACAAGGGAGAUGUCAUCAUUCUGCGGCGCCGGGUGGAUGACCACUGGUACCACGGUGAACUACAUGGCACAAGGGGCUUCCUCCCAGCUAGCUAUGUCCAGUGCCUCCGACCCCUGCCACAGACACCACCCCAGGGCACUGCUCUGUAUGAUUUUGAGAUGAAGGACCGUGACCAGGACUGCCUGACCUUCACCAAGGAUGAAGUUCUGACUGUGAUCCGCCGUGUGGAUGACAACUGGGCAGAGGGCAUGCUGGGAGACCGGAUUGGGAUCUUCCCCCUGCUGUAUGUGCAGCUCAAUGACUCUGCCAAGCAGCUCAUCGAGAUGGACAAGCUCUGCCCAGCUGCUGCUGCAGCAUCCGACUGUGCUGCUCCCUUGCCCUUGGAUCCCAGCUCAGUGGCCAGCUCUGGCCAAGGCCAUGCAGUAGGCAGCUCGGGAGCUGUCAGUGCCUUUCAGCGGCGCAUGGACAGUAAGAAGAAUGCCAAGAAACGCCACUCAUUCACGGCCCUCAGUGUGACACACAAGUCUUCACAGGCAGCCACUCACAGGCACUCCAUGGAGAUCAGUGCACCUGUGCUCAUCAGCUCAAGUGACCCCCGUGCUGCAGCCCGGAUUGGGGAGCUCACAGGCCUGCCCUGUGCUGUUCCUGCCCAGGACCCUUGCUUGGCUGGACCUGUCCCCACAGCUGUCCCUCGAGCCUCUGAAGUGGAUGGAGAGCAGGGCACAUCUCCCAAAUCUGCGCUGCCCCUGAAUGUGUACCUGGCUCUCUAUGCCUAUAAGCCUCAGAAGAGCGAUGAGCUGGAGCUACGCAAGGGCGAGAUGUACAGAGUGCUGGAGAAGUGCCAGGAUGGCUGGUUUAAAGGUGCCUCACUGCGCACUGGCCUCUCUGGGGUGUUCCCCGGGAACUACGUGACACCUGUCUCCAGGGCUCCUGGAGCAGCUGCCCCACCCCGGAAUAGUGUACUUGGAGGGUCUCCUCUGGCCAAAGGCAUGGCCACUACUAUGCACCCUGGCGGUGGCAGCCUGAGCAGGCCAGCCCAGCCCGUCACUACACCGCAGGUUCAAGCCCCACACCCAGCUGGCUCCCCGCCAACGAGCAGCUGUCCCCGCCACACAGCCCAGUCAGCCACUGGCCAGACGCAGGGACCUCUCUCUGCAGCCACCCACUCCUCUACCCAAGCCCAGGAUCGGCCAACUGCCACCGUGACACCCCUGCGCUCUCAGAGCUCCCCAUCCCGCCUGCCUGCCACCAGCCUCAGGCCUCGCUCUGUGGUGUCCCCACAGCAUGGCCAGCAGUCCCUGGUUCAGACGAGUCCCCGGCCAGCCAUCCCUCUCACCUCUGCUGCAUCAGCUGUCAUGCCGCCCAGUGUCAGCACCACCAGCCUCAGUGGGGAUGUCAGCGCGGGCUCUGGCAGGGGCCUAUCCACAUCCAGCCCCACUGGCACAGGGUGUAGACUGGAGGAUAAGAGGGCUGAGAAGAAAGAGAAGAAGAGUGGGCUGCUGAAGCUGCUGGCUGGGGCAUCCACCAGGAGGAAGUCACACUCCCCACCAUCCUUCUCCCCAACCCAUGACCCUCCAGUAGCUGCAGACACUUCGCUGCUGGGUGCCAUGGGCCCUGACGUGUCCUCUCUGUCUGUCCACGGCAGGGCAGGAUCCUGCCCCAUUGAGAGUGAGAUGCGGGGGGCCAUGGGGUUGGAGCCACUGCACAGGAAGACGAGCUCCUUGGAUCUGAACUUUUGCUCCUCCCCUGCCCGGCAGGCUACCCUCUCCAUGGCCGCCAUCCGCCCGGAGCCCAAGCUGCUUCCCAGGGAGAGGUACCGUGUGGUGGUCUCCUACCCACCUCAGAGCGAGGCGGAGAUCGAACUGAGGGAGGGCGACGUGGUCUUCGUGCACCGCAAACGUGAGGACGGCUGGUACGAGGGGACCCUGCAGCGAAACGGACGCACAGGGCUUUUUCCAGGCAGCUUCGUGGAGAGCUUCUGAGAUGGCCAAGGAUCUGCCAGGGGUGGCUGGACAGCAGGACUCGGGGGUGGGGUUGCAUCUUCCCCAUGAUACCCUCUCUCCAGUACCUGCGAGGAGAAGCUGAAGAGGACCUGGUAGUGUUGCCAUUGCUGUGGCUGGUGCAUUGAGAGCCACAGGAAGUGCCGGUCUAGCUUUGUGGGGCAGAGCAUCUGGAGGGUCCUUCUCAGCCAUCCUGUUGCUAAGCCACACGGUGCUCAUGUCCAGCCAACCACUCCAAAGCUGCAUCCUGCCCCUUCACAGGUGGCACCUCUGCUUCACUGCUGUUGUCUGUGCUGCCCCUCUUUUAGGCCAUCUUCUAACAUGCAGCGUUGACUCUGUUUCUCAUGGGUCACACGUCCUCUAUUUCACACAUCUGGUGCUGCCUUUUGUAAAACUCUUAAUGACCUGAGUGAUCUUGAAAGAAACAAUAUCCCAGGUGGCAUCUAAGGUAGGUUUUAUAUUCGCCAUCGAGCCUCAAGCAUGCAGCUGCCUGUCCUGAGCAUCAGAUGAGGCCAGUGCUCCAUAGGUGAACAGUGGGCAGUUCGGGCAUGGAGGGUUCUGGAGACAGCGAGGUAGCUCUCUAUACGCCCAGUGGAACUCAGCUCUGUCUAAACAGCAAGGAGUAUUAUUCAGGAACAAGAACAGUGUGAAGGAUCCUCUAACUGGCUUUUGCUGGAGUGGGAAUAACAUGGGAUGACCCAGCCCGAGAUGACAGUCAUGUAUUUUUAUUCCCCAGAAAGAAUAACUAUCAUUUGCCUUCUCAAAAUGUGGGUUCUUGCCAUCGAAAUGUGAAGUUUUCACUACAGUUCAGAUCACUACCUUGAAAAGAUUUUUUUCUUCUUUUUAACAAAUAAAUUACUGCUCCCUUAUGACCCA